AUGUUUGCAUGUCUGGUUGCUGCUCUUCACAUCGCCCUUGUGUCGUCGUCAUGUGGCAUGGUCUCUUCCUCGCAUCCACCCUCUUUUCCUGUCUAUAACAUUUCAAACCUUGCUGGUGGUUUUGAAUGGGGUGAUGGUUUUGAACUUUCCAAAGCCACUCUCGGGUCCAUAUUCGGAGGAAUGACCUUGCUCGAUCAACCACCACGUCGAGCGUUAUACUUGACAGAUACCAGUAAUUCGUUAUUGAGAAGGAUUGAUUUGGUGCAAUCAUCCAUUCAGACCGAAAUGAGAUUCGAACCACCACUCAUCUCAUUACCUGCUGGUGUGCAACCUCUCUAUUCUCAUACAGUAUUUAAUACCAAGACUUUUGAAAGUUUUGUUUGUGAUCGAAAUGCUCACGUGAUUCAUAGAAUUCAUUCGAAUGGAAGUGCAAGCUCAGUAUUUGCUGGUGUGUAUCAUAGGUCUGGAUAUAAUGGAGAUUCCAUACCAAGUAAUUCAUCAUGGUUGAACACUCCAAUGGCAUUGGUUGUGGAUCCAAAGAGUGGAGAUUUGAUUGUGGCCGAUUCUUUGAAUCAUCGAAUUCGUAAAAUUUCUGCAUUGACAGGUUUGAUUACAACCAUUGCAGGUAACGGUCAAUUUGGAUAUAGUGGAAACAAUGGACUGGCUAUUGAUGCAACUCUUAAUGCUCCAUCGUUUAUUGCACUUUCACCGCUCACCAAUGAGCUGUACAUUGCCGAUACCAAUAAUCAUGUCGUUCGAAAAAUUACACCGAACGGAGCCAUUGUCACUGUGGCAGGAAGUGGCUUACCUGGUUAUAGUGGAGAUGGAUCAGUGGCAACCGCUUCCGAAUGUCGAUUGAACUCUCCACAGGGAAUUGCUUUGAAUCCAUUCAAUAAUGAUUUGUACAUUGCCGAUACCUUUAAUCAUGUGAUUCGAAAAGUGUCGUUUGAAACUGGUGUGAUUACAACUGUGGCUGGAAAUGGAACUGCAGGAUUUAAUGGAGAUGCUUGGAGUGAUGCAACACAAGCUCAACUUUUUGCUCCUUCUGGUGUUGCUGUAGAUCCAUUGAGUGGAGAUGUGUACAUUGCAGAUGAAGGAAAUUUACGAGUUCGAGUUUUGAAUUCUCGAGCUGGAAUAUUGUUCACAUUGGUUGGAAGUCGUGGAGUUUCGUAUUUCACAGGUGAUAAUGUACCAGCUCUAGAAACCAAUUUACAAUUUCCGAAAGGACUUGCUCUCUCCAAUGAUGGCUCGUCAUUAUUUGUGGCUGAUUCUUCACUUAAUAGAAUUAGAAAAGUUUCACUCACAUCAGCAGAUGGAUACAAUUUCAUUCAAAGAUUUGCUGGAAGUGGUGCUGUUGGUUUUGGAUUGGAAAAUGUCGAAGCAGUGCUGGGUCAGUUGACUCAACCUGGAGGUGUGUUUGUCGAAUCGCAUGGAAAUGUAUUAAUUGCUGACUCGGCCAACAAUCGAAUUCGAAGAGUCAACAUUGCACAAGGAACCAUUCAAACCAUUGCUGGAACUUCCGUUUUACAUGGUUCUGAGACCAUUUUAGAGAGUGCAUUCUUGAGAAAUCCAUUGACUCUUGCCAUUUCUCCUCUCACAGGCGACAUUUUCAUUGCUGAUCUUAAUAACCAUAUCAUUCGAAAAAUUGAUAUUCGCACUCGAACUAUUUCCACGUUUGCAGGUACUGCCGGAUUGUCAGGUGACAGUGGUGACCAUGGGCCUGCCACUCGAGCACUCAUUUCCUAUCCGCGAGCAAUUGCAAUUUCUCCAUUGACUGGAGAAGUCUAUUUCUCAUGCAGUUCCAAAGUGAAGAAAGUCUUGUUGAAUGGCACUCUUGUGACUGCUGCUGGUACAGGUGCCUUCAAUUACACGGGUGAUCAUGGGUUAGCUACUGAGGCAACAUUUAAAAAUCCAACGAGUCUUGCUUUCAUGUCGAAUGGAGAUUUGUUAAUUGGUGACACUGGUGCCUUUGUCAUUCGUAAAGUCUCGGCCUCCACAGGAAUCAUUACCACUCUCGCAGGAAAUGGGACCUAUGCCAAUGUUCGUAAUAGUGGCGAUGAUGGAAAUGCCCUGAAUGCUCAAUUUCGAUCUCUCUCAAGUAUUUCUGUGGGUAGAGAUUCAAAUUCAUUGGAGGUGGUGUACGUGGUAGAUAAUUUGAGUGCCUUAAUUCGUAAAAUUUAUCCAGUCGAUGCCAAUAACCAAUACAUGAUUACGACGGUGAUGGGAUUGGGAGAUUCCCAAACGGAGGGAGCUUCUGCUUCUUCAUGGAAGUUAAUUUCACCUAAAAGCGUGAAAGUGUCUCCCUCGAAUGGCGAAUUGUACAUUGUGGAGGCUUGUUCCCUCGUUAAGGUGUCUGUGGAGGGACGAGUGCAAACCAUUGCUGGAACAACGAAGAUACCUACUGUAACAUGUGGUUCUUUCAAUGGAGAUGGAAUGGCUCUGACUCGAGUGUUUGAAUCGUUGCGAGAUGUGGCACUAUUGAAUGAAACUGUGUUGUAUGUUUUGGAUGAUAGUCGACUUCGAGUCUUGACCAUGUCGUUGAACGACCAACCCAAUGCAAUGAUCAUGGUAUCUACACUGAUAGGACGAGAGGGAGAUGGAGGACCAGCACUCUUGGCCAAAUUUCAACAACCCACUUCCGUAUUUUCCACCCCUGAUGGUACGAUCUAUAUUGCAGAUAGUAAUCAUCACAGGAUUAGGAAGAUAUCAGCACAGACUGGAAUCAUUUCAACCAUAGCUGGAGUGGGAUCAUGUUCCUCAUAUGGGGAUGGCUCGGCAGCCACUUUGGCUUCAUUGUGUUUACCAAUGAGUGUAGUGGUCAAUUCCAUGUCAGGAGAAGUUUUUAUUGCAGACACGAUGAAUCACAAGAUUAGAAAAAUAUUCUCGAAUGGAACCAUUGUGAGUAUUGCUGGAAUGAAUUCAUUAGUUGGAACACCGAACGGAAAUAUAACAACAGAGGAUGGAGUCGAUGCUCGAUCCAUCCAAUUGAAUCAGCCCACCAGUCUUUUCCUUUCUCCAAAAGGUUCUCUCUAUUUCUCUGAUUCUCGAAAUUAUAAAAUUCGCAGAAUCACUCCGAAUGGUCUGAUUUGGACCAUUGCAGGAAAUGGAACUGCAGGCUAUCAAGCAGCAUCUUCUCUGGCCACUGAAACUCCCCUUAAUGCUCCACAAGGACUUGUCAUUUCACGACACACUGGAGAAUUAUUUAUUGCAGACACGUACAAUCAUCGCAUUCGAGUCAUGAGACCCUAUUGCCUCAAUCAUUGGCAUUGGGACGCCGAGUUGGAAGAAUGUUUGCCAUGUCCGAGAGGCUACACAGGCAUUCAAUGCCAAGUUCCCAUCUGUUUUGGUUUUCGUAACGAUUCCAAUUUGUCAUGUAAUCGGAAUGGAAUUUGUAUGGCACCCGAUACUUGCAAGUGUUUGAAUCAAUGGAGUGGAUUGGAUUGUUCCAUUCUGAAUUGUGCCUCUGUAUCGUUUGAUGAUCCAACGAAAUGUGUCUCUUCCGACUCUUCUUCCUCGAGUUCUCAAACCAAAACUGAAACCAUUCCUCAACUAGAGAAUCUCUCCUCGAAAACUAUUAAUUUCACCACUGACACGAGUGUGAAAGCACAAUUUCCAUCCACACUGACUCAACAUUUAAUUGAGCAAGGAGGUCUGAAUCGUUCUCAACCCAUCACUGUGUUGAGUUCGCUCUAUAUUCCACCAAGUCAGAGUCAAAAUCGAACACAGACAGAGGCUCCCGUGUUGAGUUCUGUCUUGACCAUUUCACUGUAUAAUUCACAGGGGCAGAAAAUUUCGGUACAGAAAUUACAGGAACCAAUUGAUUUGUUCUUUUCAAAUAUUCAUGUUUCAGGAGAGUCCUCCUCUGCUAUGACAAGUAUUGAGCAUGUAAAUAUUACUUGCAUGUAUUUCAAUGAAGAAAAGAAGGAAUGGGCAAGCGAUGGAAUUGUUUCUCAUCUCCAAAGUUCAACACCCAACAACAACAACAAUGGUUUCAUCAUUUCCAUGAAGUGUCAAACAUUCCAUUUGACUUCUUUUGCUGUGAUUGAUAAGAAUUUUAAAAAAGCAACUAAUCAGGUGGAGGACCGAACUCCCAAUGGCAUGUCAGACACGACCUUAAUUGCAAUUGUGGUAUCGAGUGUGGGCUCUGUACUGGUGAUUUCCGUAGUUGUAUUGAUUACUGUUGUUGUGUUGGCAGUGUAUUAUAGAGGAAGGAAAUUAAAGAGAGCCUCUGUGUAG